GACGCAAGGCAGGACUACAGCUUCAUGGAUACGCCCAUUCUACCAGUCCCUAAUCCGGUUCCCGUCGGUGGCAGUGGACAGAGCCGCAAUGCAUCUACCCUAGGUACAGGCAGCGGCGGGGCCGCCAGCGCCGCUGUGGUCCGCACCGCUACGUCGGCUGGUACUAACCGUUCCGGCCAGCAACCCGGCCGCAAUGCGACGGCUGGCGCCGCCGGUGUAGGAGGUCAGGCGGUGGUGCUCAGGAAGGCGCUACCCAACCCCCGCAUCGCUGCCUACUUGGGCUCGUACUCGUCCUUCAUCGCCUGGGGCAGCCCCCCAACCGCCUCAUGGGCCACCUCCCCCGAACCUGCGUCGGACGCCCCUAUCUCGGACGUCAACGCUGC